AUGGAGGAGUUUUUCAUUCCACUUUACAACUGUGGAGGGUUUCCUGGCUACUUCUCUUUUUAUCACGACAACCCGAAAUACAAGCACCAAAACUGGAACAGAAAGGGAAACAACGUGUAUGUGCCGCCAGAUGCCCCCGACUAUUUCAACGUUUAUAAGCGUGCUCAGUUAAAAGCGAUAUUAUCUCAGGUGAACCCUAACCUAACCCUGUGCCUCUGCAAAGCCAACACAAGGGAGUUCGGUGUUCAGGUGAACUCAAAGGUAGAUGCCACUGUGCAGUGCUCGCUCGGCCCCAAAACUAGCUAUCACUGCAAUAAGUGCAAUAUUCGAGGGGAAUGUGCAUUUGUGUGGUGCAUCUCGGGAACCUCCAAGGUGUACUUCAAGCAGCACUGCAGAAAGUGCCAAGCAGGACUUAAUCCAUAUAGGGUGGAGUCCAUUCAGUGCCAGGUUUGCUUUAAGACUCAUUGCUGCUAUCAACGGAAGCAAAGGCUCAUUGGCAUGCGCUGUCCUCACCGUCAUGAGCAUUGUGGCCACUGUAAGGGCAAAAGUCUUUCCUGCGACACCAUCUUCAGCUUCAAAUACAUAGUCUGAUUGCUCUGGUCUGAUCGAUAUUUUUUAGAGUCUGUGCAUAUGUGGCCCAAGGUUAUA